AUGGAGAGUCUCGACGGUUGGCAGCAAGUUCGCCGGAAGAAGAAACUUGAGGAAAACUACAGCGAGGACUACGACGUCAACGAGAGAGCAGUUACUACAUUCAAGACUUCCCUCCGGACUGGAACGAAUCGGCGUUGUGGAAAACUUUCAGCAUGUAUGGGGCCGUGGGUCCGAGACUUAAGAGCUUUCGAAUCGCGUCUGAAUGAGAUCCUCAUCGGUGCUAAAAAGAUUAGAGUUAACGUAGCCAAGUUUGAUAGAAAAGGUCAAGAGUCCAGGAAUAUUACCCCCCACCUAAAAGGUAAACCAAGGGCCUCAUACAACCAUGCAUCUCUCCAUACGAGAGUUGAACAUGAAAAAGGUAGGUCUUAUGCUGAUGCUGUGAAAGGACCUCCUCCUAGUCAAUGUAUGGGGGUGACUGAGGACCCAAUGGCUGAUAUUAGAAACUUGAAUAAUGCCAGGACUGAUGAGAAAAGUAUCAGAAUGAUCUCUACAGAAGGGUCGAAGGAGUGCAUAAAUAGCACUCUGGUUGGAGAAACUGAAAGCUUUCAGACCCUUAUGAACGUCAAGGCACUGCCGGAAGUUGAAGGUUGCCCUAACAUUCAGCUGAGGUGUCUAGGGGGCAUGAAGAUGCUAUUGGAUUUCAAAAGUGUUCAAGAGAAAAAUGACUUUCUAUCUAAUGGGGAAGCCAUUUGGAGGCCAUGGUUCAAAUCUCUCACAAACUGGUCUAUGGAGUGCAAUUAUAAUGAGAGAAUAGCCUCCAUAAUUAUUCAAGGGGUGCCACAACAUGUAUGGUGUGAGGAAGCCUUCAAUUCUAUAGCCAAGCUGUGGGGAUCAGUGGUUAUUCCGGAAGAAUGUUCAACAGACUCUCCAAACCUAGCCUUUGGGCGAGUUGGUAUUCUUACAUCUCAUCCUGGAUUAAUUAGCCUCUCUAUUCCUGUCUAUGUUGAUGGAAUCCGGUUAGAGAUCAAUGUUAUGGAAGAUGUGUUUGAGUCUUUAAAGCUCAGUCUUGUUCUGGAAUCAAACGAUUUCCAGUACCCUAAUGGGAAUUGGUGGUAUGGGGGAGGUCGUGAGGAUGAUUAUGCAGCACAAUCGGAGGAGGACCCGAUUUCGCCGAUCUUGUCCCCGGCGUAUUCUCGCCGGAGUCAGGACUGGGAAUAUGAAAAGUUGCGAUCAUGCGAGACGAUCCCAGUUCCCGAGGAGCAUUACAAGAAUGAGAACACCAACGGACGGCAGAAGGGAGUCGAAUCGUCGCGUGUAAGUCAAAGUGAAAGUCCGCCCCCCGCUCCAGCAUGA